AAACAGUUGGUUUGUUUGUUGUUUACAAUCCCAUGCGGGAUUUUCGUCAGCCCUCUCGGGACGAUAGUAUUUUGUGUUAAAAAACCAACUCAUUUGUGUUUCUGCCUUGCUGUGUUUGUGUGUCCAACAUGAAAAAAGAAUUGUGGGAAUUGGGGCAUCAGUUGCCCGCAGACAAUAAGUUCCAAGCGGUCCUGAAGCUAGCAUUACUGAAGAAAUCAUUCGAUUCCGCCCAACUAACAUCGAACCAGACCAACGACCAACAUCGAAAGAUGUGCCGAAAGUGCCACAUAUCGUGGUCGGAUGGGUUCUUUUCCGUGGAGGUUAUACCGAGUUGUAAUCGUAGCCGGACGCAGAUAGAAAAACUCUUGAGCAAAGGUAGACCGACGAAAAAGCGGCAAUCGUUGAUUGAGCAUCUGAAAACACGGAUGGGUCGUGUAGCGAAAUACACCUGUCUAGUAUGUUCGUACAAAACUCGUAUUCCGCUGGAUUGGGACGCUAAGUGGGCUGCACCUCCUGCAGUGCAAACCGUUCCACAAGAAGAUACCUUUAAGGAGAGCUACCACCGAUGGCAAAAGGAACAGUGGCAAAAAAGAAAGCAUGGAAUGAACGAGAAAGCCGGCCUAAAAAUACCACCACAGCUAUCCAACAAGCAGCUUAAAAAAUCGGGAAACUGGGUCGGGAACGCGACAGCCAGAACUCCCGCCAGCAGGAACAAUCAUUCAACACCCGCCAACUUUAAGCUUGUACAGUAUGAUCUCAAAUGCUCCCUGUCGGGUAACGCGAACACUAAGCCUAAGGCGAAGUCGAAGGCUAGCAAAGCAGUAGGAAAAUUUGGAGGCAUCUUGAAAUAGGAACAGAUUUACGAAUAAAAGGCCGUACAAAGCGAAUGUCUAGAUAAAUUUA